AUGGAAAUGGAAGAAGAGAAGGAUUUGCCUCUGUUAUUGGGAACCCCUUUCCUUAGUACAGUUGGCGCUUCAAUUGACUUUCACAAGCAAGAAGUGAUCCUUCACAAGGUGAAUAGUUUGGUGUCAUAUCGCUUGCAGCCUAGAGGUUCAGACUUUUGUGCCACAAUUGACAGUACCACUCUCAGUUCUAAGAGUCAUGGAGCUACAAAGGUUGUGAAGGAAAGGGUUGACAAGGAACCAAGAGUUGGGAAGGAUAAGGAUGAGAGAGGACCAAGGAUUGAGAAGCCACGUCUUGAGAGGGCUAGAGUUGAGAAACCACGAUCUGAUAGGCCAAGAGCUGAGAGACUUGUUCAAGCCCCUUGUGUGCUUGAUGAAGAGAGCCUUCAAGCUUUGUUUGAUGAGCCACUAGGAAGGGCUCUAAAAGAAGGGGAGGAUGCAGCCUCUAAGGCAAGACCAGGGAUAAAAGAAAGGAUCCACCAGCUCAGGCCCCUUCAGUCAAGCCAUCUCAGCUCACAAUGA